AUGUCUAAGUCAGAGUCUCCCAAAGAGCCCGAACAGCUGCGGAAGCCGUUAUUCGGAGGUUUGAGCUUUGAAACAACCGAUGACAGUCUGAGGAGCCAUUGUGAGCAGUGGGGAACGCUCACAGACUGUGUGGUAAUGAGGGAUCCAAACACCAAGCGCUUCAGAGGCUUCGGGGUUGUCACGUAUGCCACUGUGGAGGAGGUGGAUGCAGCCAUGAAGGCAAGGCCACAGGAGGUGGGUGGAAGAGUUGGGGAACCAAAGAGGGCCGUCUCAAGAGAAGAUUCUCAAAGACCUGGGAAAAAGAUGUUUGUUGGUGGCAUUAAAGGAGACACUGAAGAACAUCACCUAAGAGACUAUUUUGAACAGUAUGGGAAAAUUGAAGUGAUUGAAAUCAUAACUGACCAAGGCAGUGGUAAAAAGAGAGGCUUUGCUUUAGUAAGCUUUGAUGACCAUGACUCUGUAGACAAGACUGUCAUUCAGAAAUACCACACUGUGAAUGGCCACGACUGUGAAGUAAGGAAAGCCCUAUCUCAGCAAGAGGUGGAUAGUGCUUCAUCCAGCCAAAGAGGUCAGAGUGGUUCUGGAAACUUUGGUGGUGGCCGUGGAGGAAACUUCAGUGGUCGAGCUGGCUUAGGUGGCAGCCGCGGUGGUGGUGGCUGUGGUGGCAGUGGGGAUGGCUAUAAUGGAUUCGGUAAUGAUGGAAGCAAUUUUGGAGGUGGUGGAAGCUACAAUGAUUUUGGCAAUUACAACAAUCAAUUUUCAAAUUUUGGACCCAUGAAAGGAGGAAACUUUGGAGGCAGAAGUUCUGGCCCCUGUGGUAGUAGAGGCCAAUACUUUGCCAAACCACGAAACCAAGGUAGCUGUGGUGGUUCCAGCAGCAGCAGUAGCUAUGGCAGCGGCAGGAGGUUGUAAUUACUGCCAGGAAACAAAGCUUAGCAGGAGAGGAGAGCCAGGGAA